GAGGCAGGCUAACACAGCUUUCUUUCUGCAAGUCUCAACACUGUUAAGACUCACGCCUUUGGGUGAUCCACCAUUCCAAGGUUCACUAAGUUAAGGAAGUGGAUCACAAACUCAGGAUCUUCUAUGUAAGGAAGGAGCGAGCUUUCGUUUUCAGCUGCUCAGACUCAAGGUUACAUGAAAGAAGUCUAAAGCCUAGGUCAUGACCUAACUGUUUCAGCACAUAUAUACUUCCUAUUUUCAUGUUCUUUUCAAGUUAAAAAGCUACAUCUUGCAGAUGGAGGGAGAGGGAGGCUGCAUAGGAAAUCCCAGUAGUGCUAAUAUGUCUCAGCAACUUCCUCUUCUGGCAGAAACACAUAAGCUUGUGGCAGAAGGAGAGAGAGACAGUGUGUUCGAGAGCCUGGAGGACACACACACAGAGACGAUGGGUCUGUCUGCCAUAAAUGAGCAAAAGGGGGGCACUCAGGUUGUUAAUCCAAGACCAGAGAGCACCACUGUCUGUUUAACAGACUCAGAAACUAAGCUUUGUGGAUAUCUGCACAAGCAGGGUGGGCCACUAAAAGCCUGGAAAUUUCGCUGGUUCACCUACGACGAGAAGAAAUGUCAGCUGUUUUAUUAUCGCACUGCACAGGAUGUGAACCCUCUUGGCAAAGUGGAGCUUCGCAAUGCUACAUUUAGCUACCCUCUACAAGGAGAGGAAGGAACCUUUCACAUUCAGACACCUGAGCGCACUUUCAUACUUAAGGCAGCAAACAGAGAUGCUAAGAUGUACUGGCUCCAGCAGCUGCAGCUGAGACGUUGGCAGCACAGAGAACUGCUAUGCUCAGACUCCUCAUUGCCAAUGCCAGAGCAACACACACAAAAUGGCCGGCAAUAUUUAGACACCUGCCCUGCGAACUUCCUGCCUGUGGUUAAGAUCCCAUCGGGUCUAGUUGGAGUGGAAGCUGCCAAUGUUCCUGUUCAAACCAACCCACUCAAUGUGUCAAUUAAACACCCACUUAUAGAGAUACAAAACUCAGUACACAGUUUUCUCCUUCGUCGGCCAUCUGCAGAAGUGGGCCGUAGUGUAUUUUGGGUGGAAUCCUCAGCCACCCAGGCUGAUACUCCCAAAACAAAUUUCUCCCAGAGUUCAAAUUCUGAAGACUCCUUUGUCCAGACACUAUCUCCAAGCUCAGUUCUGCCUCCUGAUUUGGAGUGUGAGAGACCUUGUGAAAAUCUACCGGCCCGUGGUUUAUCUCUAAUGCUACCAAAUGGGAAAUAUAAGAAAGCAAACUCUGCCACGUUUCCAUUCGACCGCAAAGAGGCAAACACCAUUGAGCGCCUUUCACAUUUCAAACAGGAAAAUCUCACACUGGCCAUGGAGGUCCAAGCCCAGAAGGAAUUAGUGUGGCUGCUGCACAAAGCCCUGGAAGCGGCUCAGCUGGAGAAGCGUGCGUGUGCUCAGUACCUGGCAGCUGAGAACGAACAGGAGCGUCUGGAGCUGCUUCGUCAUGAUGCGCGCUGCACUGCGGACUUGCGCGAGCGCCUGGAGCAGCUGCGACAUGAGAAUGAGGCACUGAAGAGAAGCUUGGAGGAGAGGGACGCGCAUGUGAAAGAGCUACAGGACAGUUUGAAGCUGCUCAUGGAGAAGAACCAUGCCAAGCAGGAAGUCAUUGUCAAACUAUCUGAGCAAGUGUCAACUUGCAUGGCUGACCCAAAGCGUGCCGUGUCUUUUGAGCGCAUCAGUGCAGAGGGUCUGAGGCAGCUUGUACAGGAGAUGGACAACCUUAAGGAUGACAUGGAAGCUUACAAAACCCAGAACAAGUUCCUGAACUCUGAAAUCUACCAGCUGACCAGACUGUGGCAGAACAGCUCAGAACAGGAGAAAUCUCUCAUGGUGAAGUGUGCAUAUCUGGAAGCCAACAACUGUCAGAUGGAGAGCCGGUACCUGGUGGUCCUGAGAAAACUCCAAGAGAAUAAGGAACUGCCUGCAGAGCAAAGAGUUGUUAUUAAGAACUUAAUAGAUGAGGCACUACAGGCUGAUAAGAGAGAUGCCAUCAGAUUUGACAGCUUCAGGGACUAUGACGAAUACGGCUUUAAGAUCAUCCCUGACUAUGAAAUGGAGGACAUGAAGCUGCUGGCUAAAAUCCAAGCUCUGGAGAUCCGCUCUCACAAUCUGCUCCAGCAGGAGACUGGAGACCGGUCACUUCUGGCUCGGUGGACUCAGUUCUUAGGAGGUCGUUCUCCUGAUGAUCUCUCCUCGAGUGAGGAGUUGAAGAAUCUGGUGCGAGCAGGAAUCCCGCGUCAGUACAGAGCGUCUGUGUGGUGCUGGAUGGUUCGGGCCAGGACCCACACACUGCGCCAGCGCCACCCUGACCUUUUCCAGAAGCUGUGUAAAAAGAGUCAGGCCACACCACAUCCGGCAGCUAGGCAGAUCCAGCUGGACCUGCACCGCACACUCACCACCAACCAGUGCUUCUCAUCACCAUCCAGUCCAAUGGUGCAGCAGCUUCAAAGAGUCCUG